AUGGACUCAGUUGAUAAUGGAGGGACGAGGGAGAGCGAGAUCGUGCAAGGCCAUGUUCACCUAUGGACCCAUGCUUUCAACUCCAUCUACUCCAUGUCCCUCAAAUGCGCCAUCGAACUUGGCAUCCCUGACGCCCUCCAUCACCACGGCCAUCCCAUGACCCUUCCCGUGCUCGCCGCCGUGCUGUCAGUCCCUGCCUCCACGGCCGCCUUCCUGACCCGACUCAUGGCGGUCCUUGCCCAAACCGGCUUCGUCUGUCAACGAAAGUCUGCUGCUAAAAAUGACCAGGAGCAGCUGGGGUUGACAUACUCUCUCACUCCCAUUUCACGAGCGCUCCGGAAAGGCGAGCCUGGUGACUUGUCGCCCAUGGUGUCGUUCCUCCUCGACCCCAUCAUACAAGGCCCAUUGCACUGCCUGGGUGAGUGGGUCAAGAGCGAGAGCCUGAGCCCCCGCACGCCCUUCGUCAUGAAGCACGGGAUGAGCCUGUGGGACUACACGGCCCAGGACGAGGGGCUAAACCGGAGUGUGAACGAAGCCAUGGCGAGUGAUGGGCCAGUGAUCAUGAGGCUGAUGGUGGAGAAGCGUGGACGGCAGCUGUUUCAAGGGCUGAGGACGGCGGUUGACAUCGGAGGGGGGACCGGAGGGUUGGCGAGGGAGGCGGCAGAGGCGUUCCUGCAAGUGGAGUGGAUGGUGCUCGAUCUGCCGCACGUGGAGGCUGGCUUGGAGGGGACGAGGAACUUUGAAGCUUGUGAAAAGUCCCAAACCCGAAACCCUUUUGUCAAAACAUGA